AAUAUUGAAUCGUCAUCAGUCGUCAGGAGAACGGCCAAUUCGUAAGAAAGCAGUUGGGGCGAGUGCUUUCUGUACGCCUUCGUUCUUCUACUGAGCCUGCGACCGCUUCACGCAUCCACCGCUCCUUGGAAGAAGAUAUUAUUGUUUUCAAUCCGCUAUGUGUGUUAGGGAAGGAGAGGAACUCUGUCUGAAUAUUGAAUCUGAAUAGAGUGGGGAGGACACCGCUUUUCAGCUAUGGAGAAGAAGAAAAGUAAGGAGAAGGAGGGGAUGAGGUCGUCGAGAAGGCAAUUGAAGGCCAUGCUCCGCAAGAACUGGCUACUGAAAAUUCGUCAUCCGUUUGUCACUUGCGGAGAGAUUUUGCUUCCAACCAUUGUUAUGCUGUUGCUAAUAGCUGUGAAAAUGAACGUUGAUACGACAGUCCACCCUCCUCAGCCAUAUAUUAGGAAGGACAUGCUCGUGACAGUAGGACAAGGUGGCAUGUCUGCACCCUUUAACCAAAUUUUGGAAUUGUUAUAUGCCAAGGGUGAGUUUUUGGCCUUUUCACCUGAUACAAGUGAGACCAGGAUGAUGAUAAAUGUGCUGUCCCUGAAAUUUCCUCUGCUGAAGCUAACAGCGAAGGUUUACAAAGAUGAGGAGGAAUUGGAGGCAUACAUUCGCUCUGACACUUAUGGUACUUUUGAUAAAGAAAAGAAUUUCACAAGCCCAAAAAUCAAGGGAGCAAUUGUGUUUCACGAACAAGGUCCUCAAUCUUUUGACUAUAGCAUACGCUUGAACCACACGUGGGCAUUUUCUGGAUUUCCUGACGUUAACACAAUCAUGGAUGUGAAUGGGCCAUUUCUUAAUGACUUGCAGUUGGGUGUGAACGAAAUACCAAUAAUGCAGUACAGCAUUAGUGGAUUUUUCACUCUUCAACAAGUAAUGGAUUCAUUCAUUAUAUUUGUUCAACAACAACAAAUGACAAACUCGACCGACAACGAGCUAACAUCAUCUUCAGAUUCAACUUCAUUGCACAGAAAAUUUGAGAUACCAUGGAAACAGUUUAUCCCUUCAAAUAUAACACUUGCCCCAUUUCCAACUCCUGAAUACACAGAUGAUGAAUUCCAGUCUAUUGUGAAGAGUGUCAUGGGAGUUUUGUACUUGCUGGGGUUUCUUUAUCCAAUCUCUCGACUUAUUAGUUAUUCUGUUUCUGAGAAGGAGCAAAAAAUCAAGGAAGGUCUAUACAUGAUGGGUCUAAAGAACAGCAUGUUUAUUCUCUCCUGGUUUCUGACAUAUGCCCUGCAGUUUGCUAUCUCUUCAGGAAUCAUCACUCUCUGCACAAUGGAAACUCUUUUUAAGUACAGUGACAAGUCCCUGGUGUUUGUAUACUUCUUCUGUUUUGGACUCAGCUCAAUAACAUUAUCAUUUUUAAUUUCCACAUUCUUCAAUCGAGCAAAAACUGCAGUAGCCGUUGGGACACUUGCAUUUCUUGCAGCUUUCUUUCCUUAUUAUACUGUGGAUGAUGAGGCUGUUUCCAUGUUAUUGAAGGUCUUGGCCUCUUUUCUUUCACCAACAGCAUUUGCAUUGGGGUCGGUUAAUUUUGCUGAUUAUGAGCGUGCUCAUGUUGGACUUCGGUGGAGCAACAUUUGGCGGGAAUCAUCUGGAGUUUCCUUCCUGGUGUGUCUUCUCAUGAUGUUAUUGGACACUGUCUUAUACUGUGCUAUUGGUCUAUAUCUAGAUGAGGUCUUUCGUAAGGAGAAUGGGAUGCACUGGCCGUGGAGUUCCAAAUUAUUCAAGCCUUUUUGGAGGAAGAGGGAUCUAAGGCAACAGUCUUCUUCCAAUUCACAUAUUAAGUUAAUUGGCAGCGACCUUGAGAAAUGUCCUCUUACAUUUGAAAGAGAUGCAUAUAAACCUGCAAUGGAAGCCAUAAAUUUGGAAAUGAAGCAACAAGAGCUUGAUGGGCGAUGUAUUCAGAUUAGAAAUUUACACAAGGUGUACGCUUCCAAGAAAUCAAGGUGCUGUGCCGUGAAUUCUUUACAGCUUACACUUCAUGAAAAUCAAAUUGUCGCUCUUCUAGGACAUAAUGGAGCUGGUAAAAGCACUACAAUGUCAAUGCUUGUUGGCCUUGUUCGACCAACCUCUGGAGAUGCAUUAGUUUUUGGAAAGAACAUCUUAACAGAUAUGGAUGAAAUACACAAAAGCUUGGGCGUCUGUCCCCAAUAUGACAUCCUUUUUCCUGAACUGACUGUGAAGGAACAUUUAGAAAUAUUUGCUAAUAUAAAGGGAGUCAACGAAGAUAACUUGGAGAAUAUUGUAACCGUAAUGGCUGAAGAAGUGGGUUUGGCUGAUAAACUCAACACUGUUGUAAGGGCUCUUUCUGGUGGUAUGAAGAGGAAGUUAUCUUUGGGAAUCGCACUCAUAGGAGACAGCAAGGUUAUUAUCCUUGAUGAGCCCACAAGUGGAAUGGAUCCAUACUCAAUGCGGUUGACAUGGCAGCUUAUCAAAAGAAUUAAGAAAGGACGGAUAAUACUACUAACUACUCACUCUAUGGAUGAAGCCGAUGCUCUAGGGGAUAGGAUUGCUAUCAUGGCUAAUGGUUAUCUCAAGUGCUGUGGAAGUUCUUUUUUCUUAAAGCAGCAGUAUGGUGUUGGUUAUACUCUUACCCUUGUGAAGAGUACACCAAGUGCCACGGCUGCAGCAGAUAUUGUUUACAGAUACAUCCCAUCAGCAACAUGUGUGAGCGAAGUUGGCAAUGAAAUAUCAUUCAAGCUCCCUCUUGCAUCUUCAUCAUCCUUUGAAACCAUGUUUCGGGAAAUAGAGCAGUGCAUGCGAAGAUCAAAAUCUAGUUCUGGGACUGUUGAGUGUGCAGAAAAUACUUUUCUUGGCAUUGAGAGUUAUGGUAUUUCAGUCACGACUCUAGAAGAAGUGUUUCUGAGAGUUGCUGGAGGUGAUUUUGAUGAACCUGAGUGUCUUGCUGAUGAUAGGAUUUCAGUUAUGCCUUAUUUGAAUGAAAACCAACCUAGCCAAAUCAAAUUUCCAGAAAGAAUCUUGAGCUCAAAAUUCUGCAGAAAUUUUGUUGAAGUUAUUGGGUUUAUAUUCUCUGUGAUGGGGAAAGCAAGCAGCCUCUUUUUUGCUACUACACUACACAUCAUAAAGUACCUUAGCAUGCAGUGUUGUUGCACUGGUAUAAUUUCAAGGUCAACAUUUUGGAGGCACUCAAAAGCAUUAUUGAUAAAGAGAGCAGCGUCCGCUCGGCGAGAUCAAAAGACAAUAGUUUUCCAGCUAAUAAUUCCUGCCUUCUUCAUGCUUUUUGGUCUUAUUAUGAUCCAACUUAAGCCGCAUCCUGACCAGCAAUCAAUAACCUUCACGACCUCUUACUUCAAUCCUCUAUUAACUGGUGGAGGUGGUGGUGGUCCAAUUCCUUUCGAUCUAUCAUCAUCCAUAGCAAAGGAGGUUUCAAAACGUGUUCAUGAUGGUUGGAUUCAAAGAUACAGACCAACCACAUAUAAAUUUCCUGAUUCAGGGAAAGCAUUUGAUGAUGCUGUUGAAGCUGCUGGACCGACAUUGGGCCCUAUUUUACUUUCAAUGAGUGAAUAUCUCAUGUCUAGCUUUAAUGAAUCCUAUCAAUCAAGAUAUGGAGCAGUUGUUAUGGAUAAACAAUCUGAUGAUGGGAAUCUAGGUUAUACUGUUCUUCACAACAGUACUUGUCAGCACUCUGCUCCAACCUUUAUUAAUCUAAUGAAUUCAGCAAUACUCAGGCUUGCCACUCAUAAUGAGAACAUGACAAUAAACACACGUAAUCACCCAUUGCCAAUGACAAAGAGUCAGAUCCAGCAAAAUCAUGAUCUCGACGCCUUUAGAGUCGUUAUUGUGAUCACCGUUGCCUUUUCUUUCAUUCCUGCUUCAUUUGCAGUGGCUAUUGUGAAGGAACGUGAAGUAAAAGCAAAGAAUCAACAACUUAUUAGUGGGGUGUCUAUACUGUCAUAUUGGACUUCCACAUACUUCUGGGACUUCAUCAGCUUCUUGAUUCCAACAUCUUUUGCAUUUUUCCUUUUUUUCAUAUUUGGCCUAGAUCAAUUCAUCGGGAGGGAAUCUUUUGUGUCCACUGUCCUCAUGUUCUUGGGAUACGGUCUAUCAAUAUCAUCAUCUACUUAUUGCCUCACUUUUUUCUUUUCUGAACAUAGCAUGGCUCAGAAUGUGGUCCUCUUGGUGCAUUUUUUCACUGGGCUCAUUCUCAUGGUACUAUCAUUUGUAAUGGGGCUUAUGGAAUCGACAUCUCAAGCCAAUUCUCAUCUCAAGAACUUCUUCAGAUUGUCACCUGGAUUUUGCUUCGCUGAUGGUUUAAGUUCAUUAGCUCUUCUGCGACAAGGGAUGAAAAAGGGAUCUGGCGAUCAAGUAUAUGGCUGGAAUGUUACUGGAGCUUCUAUAUGCUACAUGGUCACUGAGGGCCUGCUUUACUUUGUUUUGACGCUUGUUCUUGAGGUCCUGCUUCCUCUCAAGAUAAAUUUUGUGGCAGCUUCUGACUUGUGGACACGUGCAAGAAAAUUAUGUUCACCUUCCUGUAGUUCCUUAGAACCUCUUCUUCAGUCAUCUUCAGUAGAGAAUUGUGAUCUUGAGGAGGACAUUGAUGUUCAAACUGAACGAAACUGGGUUCUAUCUGGCAGAGUUGCCAAAGCAAUUAUCUACCUGCGCAAUCUUCGAAAGGUGUAUCUGGGAGGGAAGAGGAAUGGCUCAAAAGUUGCUGUUGAUUCAUUGACAUUCUCAGUACCAGAAGGAGAAUGCUUUGGUUUUCUAGGACCCAAUGGUGCUGGAAAAACGACAACUCUCUCUAUGCUGUCUGGAGAAGAACGACCCACUGAUGGGACUGCAUACAUAUUUGGUAAAGAUAUCAAAUCAAAUCCCAAGGCUGCUCGGCAACAUGUUGGAUAUUGCCCUCAAUUUGAUGCCCUGCUUGAGUUUGUCACGGUUCGUGAACACCUGGAACUUUAUGCUAGGAUAAAAGGAGUCCAAGAUGGAGAACUUGAACAUGUGGUCAUGGAAAAGUUAGUGGAGUUUGACUUGCUGAAACAUGCUGAUAAGCCAUCAUAUGCAUUAAGUGGAGGAAAUAAACGAAAACUGUCAGUUGCAAUUGCCAUGAUUGGGGAUCCUCCACUAGUUAUUCUUGAUGAACCAUCUACCGGAAUGGAUCCCAUUGCCAAAAGAUUUAUGUGGGAUGUCAUAUCACGGUUAUCUACCCGAAGAGGGAAGACAGCUGUUAUUCUUACAACUCAUAGCAUGAAUGAAGCUCAGGCUCUCUGCACCAGGAUCGGUAUAAUGGUUGGAGGUAAGCUAAGAUGCAUUGGAAGCCCUCAGCAUCUGAAAAACAGAUUCGGCAACCAUCUCGAAUUAGAGGUUAAACCUACUGAAGUGAGCUCCUCGGAGCUGACUGCAUUGUGUGAAACAAUUCAGGAAAAGUUUUUCGACAUGCCCUCUCAUUCACGAAGCAUACUUGACAACCUUGAAGUUUGCAUUGGUGGUGUUGAUGGCACUUCAGCUGAAAAAGCAGCCGAGAUCAGCUUAUCAAGAGAGAUGAUUGUAACAAUUGGUCGAUGGCUUGGAAAUGUAGAAAGAGUUAAGACCCUUGUAUCUGCUGAUCUUGAUUCUUAUGGAGCCUUCGGUGAACAGUUUUCAGAACAGUUGCUUCGUGAUGGAGGGAUCCAAUUACCAGUAUUCUCAGAAUGGUGGUUAACCAAAGAAAAAUUUUCCGAAAUCGAUUCAUUCAUCCAAUCUUCCUUCCCCGGUGCGACACCUGAAGGUUGUGAUGGCUUGAGUGUUAAAUAUCAGCUUCCAUACUACGAAGACCUCUCCCUCGCCGAUGUUUUCGGGCAUAUGGAAAGGAACCGAAAUGCACUCGGUAUAUCAGAAUAUAGCGUAAGCCAGUCGACACUAGAGACUAUAUUUAACCAUUUCGCAUCAAACCCGUGAGGCACAGAAGAGAACAAGGUAUGGUUGAGAAAUUGUUGUAGAGAGCUUUGAUUCUUGCAGUGUUGUAAAUAUCAUUAUCUUUGCUGCCUUAGCAAGAACAGAACAGAUAAUAUUUUUAUGUGGAUGCUAUUAUUGGUUUUUGGAGGUAUUUGUUCUAAUGUUUGUGUGGAA